UCCAGGAGUCAACGCGUGCCCCAGCUGUGUGAACGGAUGCCAGUUCAUCUAUAAAAAGCAAACAAACACUUUGAACAACACUUUGAACUGGUUUGGGUCAAACAGCAGGUUUCUCUCUGAACUCAACUCACUUAUCCCUCCUCUGAGUUCCCCCGAAGGUCCUGGUGAUCCAGAAUGGAGGUUCUACUCCGAGCAGCUUUGUUUGGUCUGAUGCUGCUGAGCUCCAGCGUCACAUUUGCAGCUGAAGAAUGUAACAUCCCACCAGAGGUGCAACGACAGGACCUGCACACGUUAUCAGAGGCACGUUGGGUUUUGGUUGAAGCGUUUGCAGACAAUCCAGUAGCGGUGCAUUUUUUAAAGAGUGCCAACAGUUCCACGGUGGAUUUAAAGCUUAAAGAUGACAAUAAGACAUUCACAUUCAUUGAAAGAAACAUGUUGGCUGGAAAAGAAUGCUUGAUCUACCGCGUCAAUGCAUCAAUUUCUGAUCCCGAGACGUCCAACUACACCUUCCAUAUGCACGAUGAUGGAUUGACGGAGAUCGAUGGUGAGGUGACUCCGUACGAAAACCCAGGCCGGGCAAACUUUCAUCAAGGUUCUCCAAACUGUCUAAUCAUGAACUACAGCGCAGUCUUCAUGGGAAAACCAGGGAGGGUCCUGCUCUUCUACAGAAGUGAGGGAAAACCCCUGGAUGCAGAUGAACUGAAAGCUGCUAAGAGCAAACACAGGAUGGUAGCAGAGUGUCUGAAUUUCAACGUUGACUCAAGCAUCCGCUACGAUGGAAAGACAGAGCUUUGCUAGGAUAAGAAAGAAGAGACACAAUGAGACAAUAUUGUGUUCAUGACUUAUUGUUGCAUCCAUCUUUGCUUAAUUCAUGACUAAGUCAUUAAAAUCUAUUCAUCAAACCGA